CGGGUGCCUUGUUUGAAUCCCCGGCGCAGAGAAGCGGGAGCGCGCCGGGUGCUGGGAGGGAGCGCACGCCGCAGCGCGCGGGCGGAGCAGGAUGCUGGGUACAUGUGGCAUGCAACAACGUCACCAAGAGGUGCUAAAGAAGAACCGUGUGUUACUGGCAAAGCAGCUGGUGUUGAAGGAGUUGCUGGAGCAUCUGAUAGAGAAGGACAUUAUCACCAUAGAAAUGAUGGAAACUAUACAGGCCAAGGCUGGGAGCUUUAGCCAAAAUGUAGAGUUACUGAAUCUGCUGCCCAAGAGGGGCCCCACAGCCUUCUCAGCCUUCUGUGAAGCUCUACGAGAAACCAAACAGCAGCACCUAGAGGAAAUGCUCUUGAACGCCAUACCCAGCCUGAACAAUGGGAUUGCAAGGCUGGGCCAAGAUUAUGAGUCAAGUGACCCGUUCCCAGUUCGUGAAUCCUGCCUCUCACCAAAGAGACCACGCCAGAUUGGUGUGCUGACUCCAAAUACCCACAAGAGGCUGACCUACUGGAUGAAAGAGCUGAUGGAGCAUUCCUUGGAUAAUGGAGAUGGUCCUCCUUGCAUUCCGGUGAAGCCAUGCACCCCAGAAUUCUAUCAUGCUCACCAAGCGUUGGCUUAUAAGUUGAUAUCACAGCCCCGAGGCCUGGCACUCGUGCUCAGCAACAUGCAUUUCAGCAGUGAGAAGGACCUGGAGUUCCGUUCGGGUGGAGAUGUGGAUUACACUGCUCUGGAGAUGCUCUUCAAGCACCUUGGCUACAGGGUGACUGUCCUGCAUGAUCAAACUGUGCAGGAGAUGCAGGAGGCAUUGCAGAUGUUCUCUCAGCUGCCAGCUCACCGAGAUGUGGAUUCCUGCAUUGUGGCUCUACUCUCGCAUGGCAUCGAGGGUGGGAUCUAUGGAGUUGAUGGCAAGUUACUGCAGUUGCAGGAGAUUUUCAGGCUCUUUGAUAAUGCAAACUGCCCAAGUCUCCAGAACAAGCCCAAAAUGUUCUUCAUUCAGGCCUGUCGUGGAGAUGAGACAGACCGGGGAGUGGAUCAGAGGGAUGGGAAAGAGCGCUCUGACUCUCCAGGCUGCGAGGAGAGUGAUGCCAACAAAGAGGAGAAUCCUAGGCUGCGUUUGCCCACACGUUCUGACAUGAUCUGUGGCUAUGCCUCUCUGAAAGGCACAGCUGCCAUGCGAAAUACCAAGCGUGGAUCCUGGUAUAUUGAGGCUCUCACUUCUGUGUUUGCCGAGGAUUCUCAAAACAUGCAUGUGGCUGACAUGUUGGUGAAGGUGAAUAGACUAAUCAAGCAGCGAGAAGGCUAUGCCCCUGGCACAGAGUUCCACCGAUGUAAGGAGAUGUCCGAGUACUGUAGCACACUCUGCCAAGACCUUUACCUAUUCCCUGGCUAUGUUCCUAGGAACUAACCCUGCUGUUCUUGUUCUGACGGAUGUUCUGACAAAGCUUUAAUGUGGACAGCCAUACUUUUACUGCUGUCAGUCUGGGCAUCUGACAGCGCAGCCCACAACGGGAAGUGUCCCUUCAAGAUUGGGUGCUCUUCCUGCUUGUGUGAAUCUCGCUAACUCCUCUCUGUCUGGGAGAAUCUUACAACUGUUGGUGACCCGCAACUCAGUUCAAGGUUUAAAAUCUUAAUGUUCCACUGGCUUGUCUCACUUUUAGCUGCUGGGCCAGGGGGAAUCAAUGGGGGAAUCAGGGCAGUGAUGGCAGCACCUUCUGAAUGAAAGGAAACCUGUGGGCAUUGGUAGCCAGGAAUGUGAAAUCAGAAUCAGCCUUUCCUUUUUAAAUUUUGGAAAACUUGGGUCUGUUUCUAAAGAAAAUAAGUUCUACAUCGUUUUUAUAAAUUGCUGCUUAAUUUUGUUUAUACCGUUUAACUUGUUAUGACUUUUUAAAAAGUUCUUUUCCUGGUUUCCCAAGCAGCAGGGUCUAUAGCUGUGAAGGACAGGAAGGGAUGCCCCUCCCUGAAGUCAGGAGAGACCUUCCUCCCAGUAAAACAGAAUCUCUCACUACUGAAAGUCCCAUGGUGAAGGUUUUCUCUUCAUUUCCAGUAUACACUCAUCUACUUUGGUUUGGUGUUUAAGUCCUGAUAUUUUGCAUGUGUUUUCUAUAGCCAUAGGAGAGAAUUUCAGAUUAGCUGGAAAAGACAUUGUUGAGAUCUAGCUCUGAAAGCAAAGGUAUGUUUCUAUUUUAGAAGUCUAAUUCUGUCUUGGAAAUAUUUUGAAUCUGGGAACUCCAGGCUUGUUUCCCUCAUGAGUUCCAAAUGUGAGUUAGUGCACAGUUUUUGUAACACCCACAUCUAAUUCCUAUGGUUUUCUGACCAUUCAAAUACUUCAGCAGGCUUCUGAUGAGUCUAUAAACUGUGCCAGGCUUGUGGAUUCCUUGUCUUUUGGUUAAGAAAUGUAUAAAUCUUUUUCUUUGCAAAGAGCCUGUCACUUUGUUUCUUCAUCACAGUGAUUUUCUUUCUGUUUAAAGUUUCUUUAAAAAAUGGGGGGAGUUGCAGAAUUCAGUUUCACUCCCCCCCCCC